AUGGCCACUAAACACCGAUUCUACCGCAUAACGAUCUUUGUCAAUCGAGUACCAGAGCUGAGUGAGGACGAGUUUCACAAACAUUGGUCAACCACACACAGACAGCUUGCAGAAGACUUACUCGUCAAAUAUGGCAUCGCGAAAUAUCGACAGUACCAUACACCAUCAGCUCUCCUACCAGAAGCGGAAGCCAAGUGCCCUGGUUUGGACAAGGUCAAAGAGUUGGGCUUUGACGGAGCAGCCGACUUCAUCAUGGCCGACAUUGAAUCUUUCUACAAGUUUCGUCAGGACCCGUACUAUAGCUCGCACGUUGACGCCGACGCAAGAAUUCUGUUUGAUUGGAACAGCGCCCGGUGGACCGUGGGAUGGGAGGAAGUGUACGUAAAGGAUGGACGAGUGGUUGAAAUGCCAGAUGGAGAGGACUAG